UAUCAGUAGAAGAGCUCUACAAAGAGUAGCGGCGUGACAUCGCUGCCAAUGCUUCAGCAAAAGCGGCCUUCAUUGCUCAAAUUUGCUCUCUUUCUGGGAUCUUCCGGGCACGGAUAGAAUUUACCUAACCAGCAAUGACAUCCGAAACAUCAGAGGCGCUCGACUUGACCACAAGUGACAAGUUACUCGUAGUCCGAUGGGAACAUCUCAAUCUUUGGCGAUUUUAUCCAUUAGCUUUAGCUAGUUCAUGGUCUAUACGAUGUUUCCUCUAUCCUAUGUCAGUCGUAAAAAGCCGACUGCAAUUGCAACGUCAAAAUAAUGUAUAUCGAAACAUGCGACAUGCCUUUGCAGAGAUUUUGAAGACCGAAGGACCAGGAGCUCUUUAUCGGGGCUUUUGGGUGACUGUUCCACAACUCUCUGCAUCUUUUCUUUAUUCAUCAACCUAUGAAAGAACACGCGAUCUGAUACAAAUCGAUCUAGGAAUUAGAAAUCCUGCACUUGUUUCUGCGCUUGCAGGAGGUAUCGCUUCUCCAUGUGCCCAGCUAGUUUUUGUCCCUACAGAUAUUGUUGCUCAACAUAUGAUGGUUCAUAAUAAUCCUGAAGCAUUUGGAGGCAGCAGAAGGAACGUACCAGUAGCCGCUAUGGUCAGAACGGACGGGUUGGAAGGCAGAUGUACACUUGGUCUCCGUGUAAUACGAGCUGUGUAUAAAGUGGAUGGAUUUUCAGGAUUUUAUAGGGGCUUUCUUUCUGCUGUUUUGUUGUACAUACCCUCCACUAUGGUGUUCUGGUCCACAUACUAUCACGCUUUGGGAGUAUUUCGAAAAAUCCGUAUACGGGUCACCGAACUGCAGCGAGGCGUGAAACCGAAAUCAGUUGCCGAAGUCGACAAUAGAAAUCUUUUCUUAGAUCAGGCUGUUUCGGGAUCAAUAGGAGGCAUCGCUUCAGCAUGUGUCACUAACCCUCUGGAGAUGCUUCGUAUCCGUCUGCAGGUUCACCGUACGAGUUACGCAGAUACCAUACGAAGAUUGUGGAGAUAUGAGGGUUCAAAAGUAUUCACAAAAGGUCUGGCUCCCCGCGUCGUUAGCAAUGCAAUAUACUCAAGUUUCGUUAUGCUUGCGUAUGAGACCGUGAAGAAGAUAUCUGUUUUACCUGAGUAUAGAGAUGAUGUUGUGUGGUAGUACGUUAGCUAUUUGGUUGAAAAUUUCUUCGUAUGUGAACCUCAACAUCAUUGCCUGACUGUGUCUGAUAUUGCUUUUCUUUCAUACCUCCUGCUUUCUCUAGUCCACUUAGAAACGCAUUAACUACCUCAAACGACUAACUCUAGGAUGUUUGUCGUGCGUGCCCAAAUAUCUUUCAUGCAUCAAAAAGGACGUGAUACUGAUAUUAAUUUGAUAGCCUUAGGUUCAUAAUCAAUCUUUCAUCGCUUCCCUUGGGGUUGUGCUGCUUGUGAUUCGAGCUGUACAUUUGCCCAACUUCAGAGAGACUAACUCUUCUAGCUCAGGUGUUAGCGUCGUAAUCUUUUCGAAUUCGACAGAUUCGCUUGAAUCUCUAACUUUGAUAACAGUUGUAGGUCUCUUACAUUUUUGUAAUAGUAU